UGAGGGAAUAUUCAGAGGCGGAGAGUCACCGCCGCGACGACCGUAGACGCAACGAUUGUCGACCGUUGAUACCGCCGGCACACCGCCACAACUGAUGGUCGACUUCAUAAAUGCACCUGAUGGUCCUGUAAGCAACUCAGGUAUUCACUCAUCCUGAGUUACCUGGGACUAGUUUCAAGAGCUCUGCUGCAAUCACUUUUUUCCUGAUCAUUGCAUUUCCUGCUGCUAAGAUUCUUGAGAAUGAUAUUGAAAUUUAAGCACUUCCAGCAUUUCUGGCGUUUACAGAGUAGAGAAGCUUUGAAGUUCUGUAGAAAUAAUGUUUACUAUGGUGAAGGGAACACGAUUUUGACCAAUACACUAUGCACAGUGACAGGGAUGAGUGAAGUUGAUAAGCUGCCUAAGAUGACCGAGUCUCCAGAGCUUCCAGGUUGGGUUAAAUUACCAGGGAAAAGCAAACAGGAUACUGAUAUGUCUGAGGAUGAUGAUUUUAUAAUUCCUUCAUUGUGGAGCUGGAUUGAAAAUGAGAAGUUUCAGAGGCAAGAAGUUGGUGCUGACAGUGUGAAAAGUGACAUUGUUGAUGUUGAUAAGAUUGGUGAAACUUUGAAAAAUCAUUUCAAGUCACCUGAUGCUGUUGUUCAAGCAUUAGAUGCCUGCAAUAUUGAUGUGUCUGAGGAUUUGGUAGAGAAAAUUCUGAAAAGAUUCAGCUGUGAGUGGAUUAAAUCUUAUGGGUUUUUAAAAUGGGUUAAACAGCAGUCAAAGUUUAAGUUUUCCCCUGAUUUGUACAAUCUGAUGAUCGAUAACCUAGGGAAGGCAAGGAACUUUGUUGUAAUGUGGGAAUUGGUGAAAGAAAUGAGUCAUUUACAAGGGUAUGUUACGUUGGAUACAGUCACUCUAGUCAUUAGAAGGCUUGCAAAGGCUGGGUACUAUGAAGAUGCAGUUGAAGCAAUGUCAAGAAUGGAGCAAUUUGGAAUCCCGAAAGAUACAAGCAUGGUGAAUAUAUUGAUUGAUGCAUUGGUAAAGGGAGGAAGCGUGGAGCGUGCAUAUGAUGUUUAUUUAGAAGAAAAAGUUCAUAUAGCUCCAAAUCUUCGUACAUUCAAUAUGUUAAUCCAUGGAUGGUGCAAAAUUAGGCAGAUCGAGAAAGCCAAGAGGACCAUCCAAGAGAUGGUGCGACAUGGUUUUGCUCCAGAUCCUGUUACUUACACUUGCCUUAUUGAAGCCUAUUGUCGUGAAAAAGAUUUUCGCAAAGUUGAUGCUACUCUAGAUGAAAUGCGGAAGAAGGGGUGCACUCCAACUGUGGUUACAUAUACAAUAGUUAUAAAAUCCCUUGGACAUGCAAAGGAAGUUAACAAGGCUUUAGAGAUAUAUGAGAAAAUGAGGGAAAGUGGUUGUGUUCUUGAUGCUAAUGGUUACGGGGUUCUAAUUAACAUCCUCUAUAACUCUGGUAGACUCAAUGAUUCCAGUGAUGUAUUUGAGGAUAUGUCAAAACAGGGAAUCACUCCUGACCUGCCGACAUUCAAUACUAUGAUCCGUUAUGCUGCUAAGAACUUGAAAGAAGAGGAAGCUCUCACAUUACUUAAGAAAAUGGAAGAAUGUCAAUGCAAGCCCGACCUUAACACAUAUGCACCAUUGUUGAAGAUGUGUUGCAAACUGAAAAGAAUGAAAGUAUUGUCCUUUUUGCUGAAUCACAUGUACAAGAAUGAUCUCAGCAUGGAUCUUGGGACAUAUGCUCUUUUGAUUCGUGGGCUAUGCAGGAUUGGGAAACAUGAGCAGGCUUGUUCCUUUUUUGAGCAAUUAGUUCUGAAAGGAAUUUUACCAACAGACACCAUGUACACCAAACUGGUUCAAGAAUUUGAGAAAAAGGGCCUUCAUAAAGAAAAGGAACGGAUCAAUCAACUGAUGAUUGAAGCUAAACAGCACACUUCUGAAGAUAAACAGCAUGGUUCCAGUUUUCUGGGCAUUCAAAGUUCAACAAGGAUCAAGUAAAGCUACACUUUUUGGUCCAUAUUCUUAGAUAGAAGGUAGUUUUUAAUUUCAUCCCUUUAAAUAGCAUAGGUACUUUCAAAAACACAAUUGCCCUUUACGGCAACUUGGCAACAACCUCUUAGGAAAGCCAGAACAUCCAAGCUAAGUUUAGUAGAUGGUUUGAUUUAAUUUUAGUGACUUGAAAUGUGGUGUUAUUUCCAUUUUGUGUCCCUUCGUGGUAAGGUGGCAUGAAAUGCUGGUGACUUUUGCAUCCGUGCUAGUUCACCUAUUACUAGUUGCUUGUAGGAAAUAUGCAUGCUUAAACAUUAAUGAAAAUCCCAUGUUCUUUAAGCUAGCUUA